UUCAUCUCUGCAGGGCCAACUAACAUUACAACCCCAGCACAGAGAGGCAGCACUCAGAGACUUUUGGAGAAAGUUUUCUCCUUGCUUGAUGGUUUUAUUAGUCACACAUCCCACCAGCCAUCAUGUCAGGGAAGUUAGAUGGGAAAAAGAAGUGGGCGGCGGUCAGGGAUCGCCUGGGCUCGUCGCAGGACUCCGACCCCCAACAGGAGGCCAACCUGGAGAGCGCCGACCCAGAGCUGUGCAUCCGGCUGCUACAAGUUCCCACUGUGGUCAACUACUCGGGGCUGAAGCGUCGCCUGGAGGGCAGCGACCAGACAUGGAUGCUCCAGUUCUUGGAGCUCAGCGGACUGGAUCUGCUCCUGGAAGCCCUGGACCGGCUCUCGGGGCGCGGAUGCUCUCGCAUCGCCGACGCCCUGCUGCAGCUCACCUGUGUCAACUGCGUGCGGGCGGUCAUGAACUCCUCUACAGGGAUCCACUUCAUUAUAGACAAUGAGGGAUACAUUCGGAAGCUGUCACAAGCCCUGGAUACCUCCAACACCAUGGUGAAGAAGCAGGUGUUUGAGCUCCUCGCAGCCCUCAGCAUGUUCUCUGCAGACGGACACCGCCUGGCUCUGGAUGCCCUGGACCAUUACAAGGCCGUGAAGACGCAGCAGUAUCGCUUCAGUGUGUUCAUGAAUGAGCUGCAGGCGACAGAUAACGUCCCCUACAUGUUCACACUCCUCAGUGUCAUCAACGCCAUCAUCUUCGGCACAGACGACCUCAGGCAGAGGGAUAAGAUGAGAAAGGAGUUUAUCGGGCUUCAGCUACUCGAUAUCCUGCCGAAGUUAAGGGAGCAGGAGGAUGAAGACUUGAUGAUUCAAUGUGAGGCUUUUGAAGAAGCGAUGGCUGAAGAUGAGGAGGAGCUGCUGCGGGUGUACGGUGGCAUCGACAUGAGUGAUCCCAUGGAGGUCUUCACUACGCUCUUCAACAAGGUGAGCAGCUCUCCAGCCUCUCUCCAGCUGCUCUCCAUCCUGCAAACACUGUUGGUGCUGGGUCCCGACCGCUCUGAUAUCUGGCUGGCUCUGGAGGCUAUUACCAACAGAGCUGUGCUGUUGGCCCAGGACUCCCAGAUGGAGUCCUGUGAGAAGAUCACCCAGCGGCUCCUGUUCUCCAAAGGUAAGAGCAGAAUGGGUCAUCACGAAGUGGACGGGCAGAAGGUCGGCGUGGACAAGGCUGUGCAGACUGGGCUGGAGGAAGAGAAGCCAGUCAUGAUCGCUGCGUCCUCCCAGAAGACACUCUGCGCCGCCCCUCCACCUCCACCUCCUCCCCCAACACCUCCUCCUCUUCCCUUUGGCAUGACCGGGCCCCUGCUCUACCUUUCAAACCAGUGUCCACCCCCACCGCCUCCUCCACCACCGCCACUACCUGGAGGGUUUGGUGGACCUCCGCCACCUCCUCCCUUACCCGGCAUGCCACCUCCACCAGGCGGCCCGGGCAUACCUCCUCCUCCUCCUCCUCCUCCUCCGCCGCCCUUCCUAUCAGGAAUGGGCAGCGGGCCACCGCCACCGCCUCCUUUACCUGGCAUGCCACCUCCGCCUCCUCCCGCCCCAGGCAUGAUUGUGGCCCAGAGCGUCCAGUCCUUGGGGUGCACGGCGCCUGCCAAGAUGUACCGAUGCCCCACCCUCAGGAUGAAAAAGCUCAACUGGCAGAAACUCCGUACUGUUACUGAUGGUCCCUCCAUGUGGGCCUCGGUUCAGAAAGAGCCUCCUCCUCCGGAGCCGAACUACAGCAGUAUCGAGCAGCUGUUCUGUCUCCCGGUGACCGAGCACAAAGACAAGGGGGCAGCUGCUCCUGUCAAGAAGGAGGCUAAAGAGAUUUCAUUCAUUGAUCCAAAGAAAAACUUGAAUUUGAACAUAUUCCUGAAGCAGUUCAGAUGUAAAAAUGACGACUUUGUGGCCAUGAUUCGGAAUGGCGACCGGACUAAGUUUGAUGUGGAGGUGCUAAAGCAGCUUCUGAAGCUUCUACCAGAGAAGCACGAGAUUGAAAACUUGAAGUCCUUCCAAGGAGAAACGGACAAGUUGGCGAGUGUUGACCGCUUCUACACCUGCCUCCUCACUGUGCCAUGUUAUCAGUUGAGGAUUGAGUGCAUGUUGUUGUGCGAGGAGACUUCGUCGGUGCUGGACAUGCUCAAACCUAAAGUCAAGCUGGUGGAGGAGGCCUGCCAGUCUCUCAGAGCGAGCACGCUCAUACCCAGCUUCUGCAGGCUCAUCCUUGACGUGGGGAAUUUUCUCAACUAUGGGAGUCACACAGGGAACGCAGAGGGGUUCAAGAUCAGCUCCUUGCUCAAGCUCACAGAGACUAAGGCCAACAAGAGCCGCAUCACGCUGCUUCAUCACAUCCUGGAGGAGGCAGAGGCAAACCAUCCGGAGCUGUUGGCACUGCCAGACGAUAUUGAGAUCUGUCAAAAAGCAGCAGGAGUGAAUCUGGACUCUGCUCAGUCGGAAGCCAGUGCCAUACUAAAACGACUGAACGAUGCGGUCAAGAAGGUCUCCGUCUCUACGGAGGAGGUGAAGGAGCAGUAUGCAGAAGCUCUUCAAGAAAGCGUGGAGGUAUGUCGAGCUUUGAACGAAAGGUUCACUGACAUCGACAAGCAGAGGAGUGAGCUGGCCAUCUACUUAUGUGAGGACGCUAAUCAGCUGUCGCUCGAGGAACUCUUUGGAACCCUCAGGAGUUUUCGGGAAUUUUUCAUCAAAGCAUUAAAGGAAAACAAAGGGUGGAAAGAGCAGGCGGCCAAGGCUGAGAAGAGAAAGAAGCAACUGGCAGAGGAAGACUCCAAGAGACAGAAGGGAGAGAACGGAAAAAUCAUCAAGAAAGUCUUCAUGCCAAAGGACGACGGCUGCAUCGUCGACCACCUCCUGGCGGAUAUCAGGAAAGGUUUCAGCCUCAGGAAGACCAGGCCAAGGUGCGAUUCGGAAAGCCUCCCUUCUAGUGAAAAGCGUAGGGAUACCUGCCAACCUGGAUCAAGUGCCAAGCCUGCAGACGGAAAAGCCGCAGAAAUAGCCAUCAGUUCCACUCCCAGCAAAUCUCGGAUAGAGGGUCGCCAGGUCAGCAAAGGCGAGGUGAACGGCUUCAUCAGCCCGUCAGAAGAGACGCCAGCUACUCCGCAGAGGGCCACAUCAGACGGAGCAGCUCCACCUCCCAACACACCCCCAGUAGAGCUAGCCGCGACCACGCAGGCCCCCCCAGUAAGACCUGCGUCGCUGCAGAAGGCCCGGCCCCCAGAGACGCCUUCGGUGUCUUCACAAGCUACAACACAACCUCUGGCUCGGGUUGAAGGGUCACAUCAACCAAGUCCCCCAACAAAUGGCUUUUCAUUGGAUUCAACCGACACCAGCAUCCUCAGCCCGUCCUCCCUCUCAGACUCUGACCUGCUGGAGGCUGUGUUAGAUGGAGCUUCCAGCCUGGCACCUGAGAAGCUGACACCCGGGCAACCAGCGGACAUUACUGUGAAUAUUCAGGUCAAGGAAUCUCCUUUACCUAGUACAGAUGUCAAUGUAUCACAGAGCAGUGAAAGCAAUAAAAAUGGAGAAGGGGAAACUAGUAAUAAAACAAGCCAUUUAACAGAGACUGUCGGGAAAGAGAAGGGUGGAAAGGAGCAGGAGUCCAUUGUCGUUAUAAAGUGCAGCCAAGACCAGGCUGUCAGUCGCAAGAUCUCUGAACUUCAAAGCCAUUUGACCGCCUUCGAAGAGCUCAUUGAGGGGUCUGACGUCCCAGAUGGAGUGGAAGCACAACACCGGCCAUUGGUGCCUGAAGAGGUGCCUCUAUCCCUGAAGCCCGACGUAAAAAAACAGCCGAGCGUCUUUAAACGAAACAAAAAGAAGAGUAACCAAGGCAACAGUGGGAAAGGACACACUAAACAUAAAAAGGGCUGUGUGUUGCAGUGAGGUGACUCCGGAAAAAGGAAAUCGAGAGGAAAAAGAAAAUGUUAAUUUUUCAGUGGUGUUCUGAAAUGGGAAACGAAGAUAUAUAUAUUUUAUUUCGUGAGAGACUACAUGAAUAUCGACUGCCUUAGAGAGGAUGAAGAGGUCUUUCUUUUGUGAUCUGUCUUUCCAGACCAUGAAGAGUAAACAUCAACAUCUUGGUUCUUCACAUUCUUCAUCAUUUCACUUUAUGUAAAUGAAUGUGAUUCUUGUGUAAAUGGGUGUUUUUGAUUCAGAGCUAUUCAAAAAAUAAGACUAUUCUUUGUAUGUUUUGUAAAGUUGUUGUAAUAUGCAUGUUUUGUUAUCUAUCAUAAGCUCCAAUUCAGUUUCAGAACCUUGAGAGAGACAGAUUCAGUGUUGGUGCCAGAUAUUUACUGUAACUCAUAAAAAAUAUAAUUUCUUUGUAUAUAUAUUGUUCAGAUGAAAUCUUAACAGUAAUGCUGGGGACAGCAUAUGAUGGAUUGUAAGUUUUAAUGUGAAGUAUAUUUUAAUAAAUUGAAUUACUUUUGA